CCGUCGUUCGCGUCUGAUCCUUCUCUCUUGCCAGGCAUGAGUCGCCGCUCAAACCAGACUCAACUACCUCAGCACCCACCUCGUCGGCCCGCUGCUCUUCAUCCACCACACCAGCAAAACUUCGCUCAUUCCUACCACCCUUCCUUGUCCGCGCCUCCAGAAAAUGAGCAGUCUUCUUCGUCGAGGCCCUUGCCUUCGCCCUUACAAUUUCCUAAUAGUCCCCAUCAGCAGCCAUAUCCAACCGCUUCAUAUGGGCAACAAACAGGCUAUUCUGGACAGUACACGAUUUCCUCUCAGCCGGCCAUGAACAUGAUUUCCAAUGCCCAGUCGUAUCCAUAUACUCACGCUCAUGGAUUUACGCCUGGUGUACAUGGAGGGAUGGACUCCAACGUCCUCCAACAAAAUCCCCACGUGGGCUACCAGCCGAUGCUUCAACAUAUGCGCCCGCUAUACUCUUACCAGUCUCACGCCAGUGAAGUUGGACAUGUCCCUCAUUCUCCGUAUGGUGGCGGCUCCUCCCUCUAUCCAUCGUCUCCCUCGCAUACGCCACACCCGGCAUCACAGCAGCAGACAUCUGGACCGCCCCUUUCGGGUUCUUACUCUACACCAUCUAAUCAGUUUCAAGCUCUUCGGUAUCCAAGUCCCUCCAGUCCAUACUCUUACGCACCCCAGCAUUUCUCUCCUCCGUACUGGUGGUAUGUUCAAGGUUCUCCUGUGCCUCAGUUCAACGAGGGAGUGUCGAUGCAGUACCAACAUCCCUAUCCCGUGAACUACCCACCCCUCACUGUUCGGGACUAUGCACAACCGGGACAACCUACGACGAUCUCUGCACCAUCCGUUCCCAAUCCUGUACAGACUACUACUCCCAGGCGAGCAGCAACGUUCUCUCCAUCUGCUUUCGUUGAAAGUCAGGCGUCAUCUGCUGCUUCCAAUAGCCAGGGUCCUGGGACGCCGGUUUCGCCGAGCAGGGCGCUGGAGCGUUUAGCGAAGCCUUCUAUAGAACGAGAGCGACCCAUGAUGCGCCGUGCCUAUCACCCUAAUCCACCAACUUAUCGUUCAGAAUGGGUGAUGUGGGUCGGUAACGUCCCGAGUGAUGCAACUCAUGAUGAGCUAUGGGGUUUCCUCAAAGAGUCUCCUCGGGGAGAGAAUGGCUCACCCUCUGACGGAGUGACGUCAAUCUUCUUGAUCUCACGUUCGAACUGCGCCUUCGUCAACUUUGAUACCGAAGAUCACUUAAGUCGUGCUAUAACUCGAUAUAACGGCCAGCAACUACGUCCAAACGAUCGUCGUUGCCCUCGGUUGGUUUGUCGCGCCCGGAGAAAAGAAGACGAUCUGAGGGCAGGUGUUGGAGGUCAGAGGGGAGUGGGGGUACACAUGAGAUGGGUCAGAGAGCAACACCGCCAAGCCACCACCCCCAUGGAUAAUGCACCUUCGUCUGAAUCCGAAAGUUACAGGUCUAGUGUCUCGAGUAUUGGCGAUUCAGGGGCGCUUUUACCAAAGAUGUCUUCUGUGUCAAUUUCGAGUGACGAUGAGGCAUCGAGAUCCAUCUAUCCUUCGAGCACCAGGGGUCAGUCGGGAAGUUCGUACGCGUCUACGACGUCCAGUGUUUUGACUCGACAUUUCCCGAAACGGUUUUUCAUCCUGAAGUCCCUGACUCAGUACGACUUGGAUGUGAGCGUUGAGCGUGGGCUCUGGGCGACUCAAAAACAUAACGAAGCAAUCUUGGAUCAGGCAUAUCGCACCAGCAGAGAUGUUUAUCUUAUUUUCGGUGUAAACAAAAGCGGCGAAUUUUAUGGCUUCGCCAAGAUGGCAGGACGUAUUCUCCAUGGAGAGCACCGUGUCUCUUGGGCUUCUCGCGCCGACUCCUCCCCGUCUUCACUCCCUUCGCUCACCUCGGCGCACGGCCGACGGCAACUGCUCUCAGCGAAGGAGGAAAGCGUACAAGGAUCCCCCAGUAGUUCUCGAGUCGCAUACUUCAACCCUUCCGAGCAUCGGAUGGUAGAGGAAUCUCCUUUGCCUGUCUCGCCCCCUUCUAUGACGGACCCGAAUCGUACAAGCGCCGACUCUAGGCCUUCUUCCAUUGCGGCUGGCCUUCUCGGGCGUUCGAGCGCUCCUGCAGUCCUUGAUACUCAGCGACAGCCGCUGUCUGGGGGAACAAUCCCUCUCAAGUACAGCACCGGCGAUAUCUCUCGGUAUAAGUCUAUUGCCAGCGCGAAGCCUACUACAGAGCCAAUAAUUUUGGAUAAGAAUGCACCGCUUCGUGCACUUAGGAAAAAGAGCGUCAGCUCGGAAAGCCUGAAAGCUGGGAUACCGUCGCUACAGCCUGUUCGGGAAGAGAACAACGACGGAGACGAAGAGAAGGUCGAGGAAUAUGCGGCAAAGGACAAGGACGAAGCGGAAGCUGGAGACGAUGGCCGCGAUGGCGGAUGGGGCGAAGCCUUCAAGAUCGAGUGGCUUUGCACGGACAAGCUUCCGUUCUUUCGAACCAAGCACCUUCGGAAUCCCUGGAAUCACGAACGGGAAAUCAAGGUUUCUAGGGAUGGAACGGAGCUCGAACCCACCGUUGGUCAACAGCUUAUUGACGAGUGGAAAACGCUUUGCGAAGAUGGCGCUGAGGACGACGGUCGUAAACGACCAAAAUCAACACCCGCAAUAUCCGCUGGGAAGGGAAAGGACACAUCAUGAUCAUUUACACGUUAUAAAAGACAACCACACAACUUAAGCAUUCACGGUACGCGCUAAUACAGAGUAUCACACACACGCAAUUCUGGCUACACACGCAACUCUAGUCCAUUCUAUACUCGCAUUUAUACUUAUUAACUCGUUACUCACGACAGGCUCUUGGACAUUCACGAAACAAGGACUGUCUUUUGAUUUUCUUCAUUUUAGGUGUCCUUCGCUUUCUUUUGACUUGUUAUCUUUGUUCUUGCACGUCUCGCUGCUCUUCUACACGUAUCGCGCGCCUUCGCAUUUGUAGCAUUAGGUAGAACACAUUGUUACCAACACCGGCAUCAUACACGCACUCAGCCUAGUUCAUUCUGCAAUCUCAAUGCUUUGUUU